CUUCAAAAGGACGUAAGUAAGUUCUCCUGUAAUAUUGAACACAAUAGCACAGUGUGUCGAGUUUAAAUAUAAAAAUGCUGUUUGCGUUCAUGUCACGUUUCUGUGCUCGUGAACGUGAUCGGAGUGGGACGCUCUCACCAGUGUGCCAGCAGCCAGGUGUAGGCGGCAAGCGUUGUAGUAGCUUUUAUUUUUAAAUGUCUUCGCUGGCGAUUUUUGAUUUGACGUUAUCGCCGAUGUCAAAAGGACAAACUCUCAUUAGCGUACCAGCCGCAAGAUUCAUUGAACACGGUUGUCAAAUAAACUUCUUAUCUGUAAAGUCAAGACGAUGACGAAAUCGAACAUUUUAUGGUUUUGGUGACUCAAACAUCAUUCAGUACCGUCAAAAUGGCCUCUUUGUUGAUGGUGGCAUCUAUACCGCUGCUUCCAGCUGUCUUGCUGGCAUUGGGUCGUCGUCGCGCCCGAGUGGCUCGGUUGUGUCGCAGGGCGCUGGCCUGGACGCUGCGGCUGCUGCGGGGACGCGCAUGUGCCAAAAGCACACAUGCUUUUGUCUUCUCCCGGUGCACCCAUGGCAAUGCUGGCAGCGUCUUGGAGACCUUUGACAUUUACGCAGAGACACAUGGCUCCGCUGUGGUUGGCCCGCAGAUUGGCCAGGCCUUGGACGAGGUGGUCCGGCGAGUCCGUCCCUCGAGGGUGCUGGAACUGGGCAUGCACUGCGGCUAUAGCUCAGUGCUGCUCUUGCGUCUGCUGCCCCCUGAUGGAACGCUGUUGACGGUGGAGCAGGACCCCGCCGUGGCCGGACUCGGGGAGGAGAUUAUCCUGGUGGCCGGCUUCAAACACACUCAGUUCCAGGUGUUGACGGGCAGCUCAGACGAAACCAUCCUGACACUUCGCACAUUUCUGGAACCGGCUCCAGGGACCAGCGGUACCUUCAACCUGGUCCUCAUGGACCACGACCCCCAGCAGUACCUUGUGGACCUGCUGGCUCUGGAGAACCAGGGACUUUUGUGCCCCUCCGGCUGCUGUGUCGUUUUGAUCGUCAGGAACCGGAGAGACAAAUGUCUGGAGGAACUCAAGGAACUGAUCCGAGCAAGACCAGAUUGUUAUAGUAUUAAGUCGCAGGUUGGCGGGAUGGUGGAGCUCUUCUUCCAGAAAAGCAGCUCCCAAUGACAAUGGUUCCCAUUGGAACUGUUAAGAUAUCAAACUCUAAUCCCAGAGUAGUUUACUUUAAACUUCUUGCAUGACCAUAAAAGUAAAUUGUUUACAGAAAAGAAA